AAUAACAUGAAGAGAAGUUUGACGCUCUACAAUUUUAAGAGAAAGAAGGUGGAAAGGAGUACAACACCGGAUACAAACGAUAAAACACUCAAAUGCAUGGUAAAUAACACUUCAGAUGAGAACGUGCACGCAAGCUGUAAAUUGUGUAAUUUACAUCUGUUUAUUUCGAGUAAAUGGCUGCCUUAUCUCAAGGAAGAGUGCCAUAAGGAGUAUUUCAAGAAGAUUGUGAUGAUGCUUCACAAUGAGGACAUCUUCUAUCCACCGGUACACAAAAUAUUCUACUUUUCACAUUUCUUCCCCAUUGCCAACACCAGAGUCGUUAUAAUAGGACAGGAUCCCUACCACAACAGGGGAAGGGCUACCGGGCUGGCCUUUAGCGUUCCACCAAAUGUUCCAAGGCCACCAUCGCUGCGGAAUAUCAUGGCAGAGGUAAAGAGAAAUUAUGGAAAUGCAACGUGUGACUUGGAGAGUUGGGCAAAGCAGGGUGUGCUUCUUCUGAAUGACACAUUGACGGUGAGCGAAGCUAAACCAGGCUCACAUUCUACGUAUGGAUGGAGCAUUUUUACGGAUAAAAUUUUGAAAUUGGUGAAUGACGAGUGUAAGCACGUGGUUUUUAUGUUAUGGGGGUCUUUUGCUGGCAAGAAAUGCGCAUUGAUAGAUGGAAAGAAGCAUUUGGUGCUCAUGUCUACGCAUCCCAGCCCGUUUAGUGCUGAUAGAGGGUUUAACGGAUGCAACCAUUUUUUGAAGGCCAAUGAGUACUUGAAAAAAAACGGGGAAGUGGAAAUUAAUUGGUAGUAAAAAAAUGAAGUACGUUAAUUUUUAAGGUUGGUCUAACUAGGAAAAUAUUUUACGUAACGUGUAUUAAUUGGCAGGUACUAUGCGUACAGAAGGUAAUGAAUGUAUUUAACAUGGAUCUUUUCUUCUAUGUGCUAGGGAAUCGGUAAUAAUACCAUUUUUGGCAGCUACACUAUUUUUAUAGCAGAUGUACUUUUGGUGAACAAAACGCGACUUUUACCUGUUAAUAAAAUUUAACUCGGUGCAGAGAUGCGAUGUAAAAUUAUAAAACACACGUUUUAUAAUUGGACCGGUUUGAUCGUGUCAUUCAUUCAUCUAUGAGGACCUUGUGGUAAGACAGCAUUUUAGUGGUACGUGCUCCCAGUGGUAAACCAUAGCACUUCGUUUUGUUGAGGAGCCUUUGCAUAAAAAUCAUUGUAAACGAU